GCCAGUUUGUCUGGAAUCUGUAGUUGGUUCAAUAGGAAUGAAUUGGCACUGAAUGCAUCAAAGACAAAUAUCAUGGUGUUUAGAACGAAGAAUUCCCGAAUUAAUCUGGGUGAUAGCAUAAACCUGAAUGGUGAGGAAAUGAAACCUGUUCCUGAGACAAGAUUCCUGGGAGUACACAUUGAUGAGUUCUUAGACUGGAACAAUCAUGUGGAAAAAACUGGGUUGAGACUGAGUAGCAUUGGAUAUGGAAUCAGGGUGGUGUCAAGAUAUAUGGACGAGAAAACAUUGAAAAUACUGUACCAUGCUAACUUUGAAUCUGUACUAAGAUAUGGGAUUGUGUUCUGGGGAUGCAGCUCCAGUAUACAACUCCUUUUCAUUAUACAGAAAAGAACCAUAAGAGCACCAGGAUGAAUUCAGGUCCAACUAUGUCCAUGGAUAUAAUACAAGGACGACGAACCUCACUUAUCCGUCUCAUCGGCUUACAAGUACAGAAAAAGGUCCCUAUUAUAUGUGCAUAAAACUUUACAAUAAACUACCAAAUACAU